GCUUAUCAAGAAAAUGGGUUCAAAAAGUCAUAAGAAAAGGAUUUUCAGAAAACGCAAUACAUUUGCGCUCAGGGUAUCAAGUUUUCUCAAGCUCUUUGAUAUGUAUGGCAAGAAUAUCGUACUUACUUAUAAUGGGGAGGACAAAUACCGAACCCUGAUAGGAGGGAUAACAUCUAUUCUAGUCUGAUUUUUAAUUAUCGCAUAUGCUAUAUAUCUCACAUCUGUGAUGUUCAAAUAAAGAUAAUACAACAUACACAAAGGCAUCGUUCCUAAAUGAUUUGUAUUCCAAUGUUGAGGUACAUCGCCCGGCAGUUCAUGAUAGAGUACAUGAUAGUGUACAUGACCAGGCUAAUGGAAUAAGCCAAUCACAAUUCGACCUUGCAUUCCAGUUUACAGCUGAUGGAGUCGACCUUGUGAGAGACCAAACAGCAUUCACAUUGUUUAUUAAUCAUGUUGAGCAAGAAUGGGUGACUGAAAAUGGAGAUACUUAUCCAAAAAGAUCCUACAAAAGUAUAGAAUUUGAGAAGUGUGGGGAAACUCGCUUCAGCUAUGAUAAUCUUGAUGAAAUCAAGAGAAUCGGAGUGGACAACUACUACUGCUUCAAAAAUAAAAACUACUCGAUCGGAGGCAGCUUCUACUCGCCUAAAUACCACUACCUCGAAAUGAAGCUCAGACGCUGAGUGGCUGGCGCUUCCUCAUGCAAGAGUGACUCUGAAAUAGAAGCUCUUAUCAAAGCUUCAAGGUUCUCGAUGGCCAUUGUGAACACAGUCGUGGACCUCAAAGACUACAAGAAGCCGGUGCAAUACAUGAUCGACGACGGACUUUUCUGGGAGUUAGUGCCAGGCUUCAGAAAGAAAACUGACAUUUUCUUGAGAAAGAAUGAAGCCUCGUUUGAAGACAACUAUGUGCAGUUAGGGUUUCCGAAGGAAGAAGAGUUUUACCAGGUGGCAGGGACCAAAGACAGAUUUGAAAGUGAAUCAUCAAAAGGAGACUUACUAUCGAUUUAUCUCAGAAUUGAUAAAAUUACAGACACUUAUGAACGUCAGAUCUACUCUAUAGGUGAACUCCUAGGCCAAGCAGGAGGUUUCUACGGCGCCUUGAUCGGUUUUGGCUCUCUCUUCCUGACUAUCUUUUCUGAACGACUCUUUGUUAGCUCAGUGCUGAGAAACAUCUAUCAGGUAGACUCUUGGCAAGAAAGAGAAAUGCUCGAUGAAGAAUUGAGACACCAGCACUGCCAAGAGUACAAGAAUAAAUUCAUCCAAUAUAAACCGGACGGAAGAAAGGUUAAAGUUCCUUAUACCCAGUCUGAGAAGUUCCAUCAUCAAGCUUUUGAAGAUAUCAAAAGAAUGAAUUACCUUGAAGCCAACUCUGAAGGCAACCAACUCAAGGAGAAUAUUCUUGAGAGGUGUGAACAGAGCAUGAGAGAGCGUAAAGUGUUCAAGUAUGGGUACAAAGAUAUCUUGCAUUACUUGCUCUGAUGAGCUUUUUGAAGGAGAAAGAGAUCGAUGAGGCUUAAGCCAGGAUUUAGAGAACACCUUUACUUUGAAAUUGGACAAGAAAAAUUACUUGAUGAACUUGAUUGAAUAACUAUUAUUAAGGCUGUCAGGCAGCUCAAGUUAUUGACAGCAGUUUUGUUGAACAAACGACAAAAAUUCUUAAUGAAGUUCCAGCGCAACAAUGUCAUUGAUAGUUCAUCAUCUGGGACUUCUGAUGAAGGUCAAAUGAACAUCAUCGACCUGAUGGCAAGCAAAAACAAAUAAGCAUGUUGAGAUUGUCAACAAGAAGAUCAACAAAGUCAUCGAGAGUUUCUGAGACAAGCCAUUUCAGGAGAUCGACAAGAGAGUCAUCAGUGGGAUCAUGAAGAAACGAUUCUCAGAUUCAGAAGGAGAGAACAAAGAUCAGGAUCAGUCAUUAGAUCUUAAUUUAAAUAAUAAUUCAUCGGUAUCUAAGUCAAGAAAAGCAGAUACUAUAAUUCCUCUGAAAAGCAGGUAUGGAACAGAAGAAUCCCUCUUCAAACCUCAAAGGCCAUUUGAAGAAGAUUUCGGGAUGAGUCUCAAGCUAAAAGAAUUCGAAGACGAGUUUCAUCGGAUGAAAAACUUGACGAAGGAGUAAAAUCUAGCUCAGAUCAUAAUAGGAAUAAUGGAUAAUUAUAUAUUUCAAGUUGUACAAA